GUGGCGUGCGUGGCGUGCGUGGCGUGCGUGGCGUGCGUGGCGUGCGUGGCGUGCGUGGCGUGCGUGGCGUGCGUGGCGUGCGUGGCGUGCGUUCUGGCCGCUAUCUCCCUCCAUUCCGCGUGCUGUGCUCGGUCUUGCGGCCCUUGUCUCGUUCUUCCUUCCUUUUGUUCCUGCUCCUCCUCUCUUUCUCCCUUUCUCUCCCUUCCUUCCCCCUUCGUCCCCUCAUUUUCCCCCCCCCUCCCUCGAUUAUGGGCUGGGUUUGAUGGGAGCUGAGCUUCGGUGGCGCUGGGUGUGAGCAGACUCGCUUCCCUCCGCCCCCCGGCAGGGCUGGGGCAUUUUACUGCUGGGGAUAUGAAAGAAGCUAUCAUGAACCAAGAAAAGCUCGCCAAGCUCCAGGCCCAAGUGCGCAUCGGUGGCAAGGGUACUGCCCGUAGAAAGAAGAAGGUUGUCCACAGAACAGCUACAGCAGAUGACAAGAAACUUCAGUUUUCUUUGAAGAAACUGGGUGUCAACAAUAUUUCUGGAAUUGAAGAGGUAAAUAUGUUUACCAGUCAAGGAACAGUCAUUCACUUCAAUAACCCUAAAGUUCAGGCAUCUCUGGCUGCUAACACUUUCACUGUCACUGGCCAUGCUGAGACAAAGCAGCUGACAGAAAUGCUUCCUAGCAUCUUAAAUCAGCUUGGAGCUGACAGUUUGACCAGCCUGAGGAGACUGGCAGAAGUCCUACCCAAGCAACAUGUGGAUGGAAAAGCACCACUUGCUCCUGGUGAUGAUGAUGAAGUUCCAGAUCUUGUUGAAAACUUUGAUGAAGCUUCAAAGAAUGAGGCAAACUGAACUAAGUGACACUUUCUGAAUAAAGUUAAAACUUGAAAAAGCUACAUCGAGCUUUUAUUUUAUAUUGUGACUGCUUUUGAUUUUAUUUUUAUUUCCUGAUGAGAUCUCGAGAUUUGUAAUAUUUGGAAACUCCUUGAACCUGCAGCUCUUUUUCCAUUAUUGCUUGUACUAAAUAUUAUUUUUGUGGCCUGGUUGAACAAGCCUAUUUGAAAUAAGUCAGAUUGCCAAUCCAUCUCUGGCUAGACAUAAUUUUUGCAUAACCUGCCUGUAUAGAAGCAGAACCCCAUCUUUAAUGAACUUUGGUAUACAAUAAAAAAUAAACUUUCUGGUGUUACUUUUUGUCAGAAAAGCAGGAAAAAAAUUGUCCUUAACUAGUAAAAAAUCAUAAAAGGUCUUGCUUUUCUGCAGAGCAUCUUCUUUUUGCUGUGACCCUAUGGGACAAACCUAAACAGAAAAGGCUGGAGGUUCAGCUCCUAUUUUCUGCUUCUACUGAACUGACUAGAGAUCCCUGCAGGAGUGCAGCUUCCCCUGAGGACAGUCUGCAUUGAAUAUUACCACUGUUAAACAAGUAAUAGAAGAAGAUAAAGGAAGUGCACAAGGGGGAGAGUUAGGAGCAGUAGUUCUGGCAGCACAAAAUGAAGCAAAACUAUGUGGACUCCUAUGCUGUGGGGGCUGGUGCCACCCAAUGGCUCUGUCAAUGGGAGUUACUGAAUUAGGAAGUAAAUAGAUCCCCAAUUUGGAGAAGUCAAGAUUGGCAAAUGUUACUAGAAAUAGCCAGAAGAACACCAUUCAAGGUGGGAUGGGUAAAAGCUCACACCAAAGGCAAUAAAGCAGCCACAAAUUGGAACCAAAAGGUGGAUGAAUUGACUAAAAUCAGAAAAAUGACAAUAGGGAACUUGUUAAAUCUUGAAUGGUAUCAGUUGGGAGAAUGGUUACAUCAAAAAUACCAGAAUACUCUCUUGGGCCUUGAAACGCAAGUCGUGUGGUGACACAGCACUCCAGGUAGAAUGGAGUCAUAUAUAUGUGUAUAUAGCUGUAAAGCAUAUUGUUGUUUUGUUUCUCUUUGAGCCAUGAAUUAACUUUAGCGGUUUGACACACAACACUCCCUCUGUUAAUGCUGGUGUCACCGUUUAUUGCAGGACAACAAUAAAGUCUGGCAGAUGCUCUCUAUUAACCCCGCCACCCUUACGGCUCUGCAGCGUGAACGAUGGGACUUGUAGUCUGGGUCCAGUGAUGUGUCGCUUCUGGUGUCCUGUGAUGAAGAUGCUGGGGUUUGUAGUUGAGGAGUGCAGCGUCCUCAGGUGACUGGUUUGGCUCCUGUGACGAGGCUGGUGGGCAGAGUGGUCCUCAGCAUGGUGGGUUCCCUGCCCGUGCUUUGGUAUAGGUGAGCCUUUUUAUAGCUCUCUGGGUUGCCUGCUUGCGUAAUUUUUUCUUUUGUCUUUUGCAGAGGUGUUAUUGCUAAAAGAUAGAAAAGUCUGGGGCGUGAUUGCAAAAGAUAGACAAGUUUCGGGCCAUCUUGAAGGGUCUCAGCUUUUCCCUUUGUGUCAUGCUGGGCAUAUCAGAAGGUGGAGCUACGUGCCUUCCAGCAUGUCCCCCACAUCCUGCUGUCAGCCAGCCGGCCUUUGUCUGUGGCUCCUUAGCUUGUUGUAGGUAUAUAAAUCACAAUUCACCAUAUCUUGAGUGUCUCAUCUCCUGCUACUAGGCCACAAUGUUUGAGGCGUGAUUCUUUUCAGUCUUUGACAAUGUCCCAUCUCCUGAGGGUGGAGGAACUGGUUUUGGCACAGUGUUUGAGACAUAAAUAUUUUCAGUCUCUGACAGAGUACAGUUAACCUUGGAGCCUUUGUAUCCUCUACUCCAAAACCCUAGGAGUCAACCUCAAGUCUCACCUGGUGCCUUUUGCCAGAGGCUCCAGGUAGGACCAUUGUCCCCAGCUGCAGUAUAGAGCACAUUGUUAAUAUCUUGUCCUGUCUGGACUGGUCCAAGGGCUACUGCGUGUACAAUCUCUUGUUUACUUUGUUCAAAGGCCUGUCACUGUUCAGAGCCCCAUUGAAAAUCACGCUUCUUUCAGGUCACUUGAUAGAGAGGGCUCACAAUUUGACUGUAAUCUGGAAUAUGCAUUCUCCAGAAAUCCACAAUGCCUAAGAAGGCUUAUGUUUCCUUUUUGUUAAUUGUUGGGGAUAUAGCUGUUAUUUUGUUAAAUACCCGUAUUGGAAUCUGGUGACGCCCAUCUUGCCGUUUAAUUCCUAAAAAAUGGGUCUCUCAUGCAGGUCACUUGACCUUACCUCUCUUUAUGGCAAAACCAGCUUUCAAAAGAAUUUGAAUUAUUCUGUCACCUUUCUCAAAGACUUCUGCUGCUGUGUCACCCUGUACAGUGAUGUCAUCAAUGUAUUGCAGGUGUUCUGGAGCUUUACCUUGUUCCAGUGCAGUUGUCCCUCUCCUCCACCUGACUGGAGGCAGGGCCCCUCUAUUUCUGUUUACUCGUCUCUGGUAGGGAGAGACAAGAAUCCCAUAUACCCUGGCUGGAAAGCUGCCCACAGGAAACUGGAACAGCUUUUUUUCUUGGGAGUUUUCUUUUUUAACUCAUGUACUUGUGCCUCUAGAUCAGUGGUAGCUUUUCCAUACCAAUCCCUAAUACCUUCCCCCUGGUCACACAGGAAAAAACACAAUUCUUGUGGCGUGUUCUGUUUCUCUCAAGUUGGUCCUGCAGAAGCGCAUCUUCUCCUAAUAGCUGUGCCUUGACCCUGUGCAGGUGGAGAGUAAGAUCUAUUCUCCCUCUUGGACAAUUUGUCACACAGUUUCUCCACACCUGAGAUACAGGCCUGUAGGGGGGAAGAGGGACCGUCUUCAUACUGAUGCAUUUUGUUAGCUACUUCACCCCCAGUUAGUGGCUCUUCUACCGCAAUGGCAAAUAUUCCCAAUGUGUGGGUAUAAGUUAGUGGUGUACUCUGCACAAACUUCCGCAGUAUAGGUCAGGUGUAUGGCAUUUCAUCAGGAUCUAGAAUUAUCUGUGGGUUGCUGUAAAUCGUCUCUCAUACAGCCAGUUCUCUCAGAUACCUAAUACCUUUCUCCAUGGUGGUCCAUUUGCUUGGGUGACAUAUGAUAUCAUCCUUCAAGGGGUACUUGUUCUUUACUGCUGACAAGAUUCUCCUCCAGAGGCCUUGAGUUUUUGUCUUCUUCCCAAUCGCCUUAUCAAUGCCACCUUCUCUGGUCAGGGAUCCCAGUGUUAUAGUUGUAACUAAGUUUUGUAAACUAUAUCCAAGAUUCUUACCUUAUCUUGAGGCUUUGCAGGUUGUAUACAAAAAGAGAACUAAAAGUUAGUCCUUAUCUUAUCUUGAAAGGAUAGGAUGUGCUGAGAAUGCACAUCUAAGAAAUCCAAGAAUUUUACAUGAUUUCACAAUGAACAUAGGAAUAGCGCGCAUGUGUGGUGACAAAAGAUGAAAAGUACACGGGUGAAGAAGACUUCUUACUUCAUCCUGAAGACCUCCUGAACGACCACCAGAGGACACUGCGCAUGCUUAGAGUAGUUCCAAGGUGUUGCAACUGAUAUUGUGAAAUAGUUGUGUAAUCUGAUGAAUAUGCAAUACAUACGUUGUAACCCUAAUGAAUAUGUAUGUAACCAAAUUGUAUAAAUGUAGUGGAGUUCGAAUCAGUGGUCGAAGCCAGCUUUGGGUGUGAACCCCUGGUUUCCCAGCGCUGAAAUAAAAGCACCGCAUAUAACUA